AUGUUUGGAUACACAAGAUGUAUAAUACAUCUGAUGCUCAUGAGCACGUUGGUCAGUGCUACUCCCUUUCAUUUUGAAAUGGUGAACAAUCGAACGGAGCAAUUACGCCACUCCGUUCCUAUCUACAACACACCUGCGCUAUUUCUUUCACAAGGGUUUGAACCACUCAUUCGGGUGAGAGCCCUGGAAGUGGACACGUUCAAUGAGAAGAAUGCCUCUGUAGUGUGGGACCUAGAUGUUUUGAUCAUGACCGAAGAGGACUUGAAGGUUGUCAAACUUGACAAAGAUAUAGACGAGGUUGUGGAUUUCACCUCAAGUGAAUUAGAAGGAUAUACCUAUUUUCUAUUAAAUGACCCAGACUCCAAAGAAAAAAAACCCUAUAAGCCUGAAAUUGAACAAUACAGUUUGGAUCAAGUUUUGGAAAGAGGUCUGAAUCGGUCUUGGAUUACAUCCCUUACACUCACUCCUGACAAUCUCAUCGCUGAACAUCCUAUUCAAUUUAAUGAAACCUACUGCAUUAUUGCAACUUUCCACUGCUCGGAAAGGGCAUUCUUGGAACUAGAUGUUGCUGUUCGGAAUCCUCAUGGCGAGCUGGAUGAAGAGGACUACAAGUACAUGCAUAUCUACAUUUUGUUUGGCUCUUUCUACGCCAUCAGUUCCUUGUUGUACUUCUACUAUGUUUUUUUCGUGAGAAGAAACACGACCAAGGAAUACAAUACUAUCACGUCAUCCAAUUCUUCGCUCAAAAAUGGGGAGAUCCAACUCCGAAUCCUGAUUUUCAUGUUUGGCAACUCUUUGGUUUGCUUUGUCACGGCCAGCCACAUGGCAAUGCUGAAUAUUGAUGGCCGCCACAAUCUCCGCUUUACCGGAAUUUUGUUACGGUUUGGAUCUCGGGUCUCGCUCAGCAUUUUUUUUGCCUGGGUUCUAUACAACUUGCUCCUGAUGUCUUCGGGCUAUCUUUUUAUAUCAGAAUUAAAAGAUACAAGGAUGCUUUGGUUUAUAAGAUUGGUGACAGUUUCCUCUCUGAUCAGCUGGUGUAUAUCCGAUGUUGAACUUGCAUUCUUUCCUUAUGAGUUGAUUGGAGGGAUGGCUGAGGGAAUUAUUGAACUGAUAUUGUUCAUUGAAUACGUGAUAAGUUUUAUUUCUGGUUCCUACUUCUCUAUCAGGACUUACUCUGAGUUGCAAAUGCACGGCAGAAAAGCAACUGCAAAGAGGUUCCUAGCAACAGUGAUGCUGAUUCUUUUGCCAAUCGUGUUCUUUGGGUUUAGAGAACACAGGAUCCAUGUUCGGUUUGUAAGACGUGUGGUUCGUAAGAUUGAAAACACCAGAUCGUUCAGUCACAUCUUCAAACUGGUCGCCACUUUGUUGGUUGCAUUUCUGUGGAAGGAUACCGAUCUCGAAACGGAGAAGGUUUUGAAGGGAGAGUGA